AUGAAGGAUCUUGAUCGUGAACAGUCGAGAACACAAACGGACUUGUCCAAGCUGGUGCCGCCAACCGGACCACGACUUGCCAUCCCUCCUCCUCGUGGACCGCCGACAAGAACGUUUUCUUCGCCAGUCCACAGCAAGUCGGGUGUAUCAGUAGACCCCCGACUCGACCGCGGGUCGGAGCAAUCACCAUGGAAACCCUCAGCGCUUUCGACAACACCAGCAUCUUCAGCACCACCGACCCCUCGAUCCGCAAACGAUACGACAUCAACGAUCAAGAUCACCGCAUCUUUACGACAACUCACUCAGCGAAGUAAUGAACAAGGUGCAAUACGGUUGCGGAAAGAUGUAGUUGAGGCGCGUGCAAAAGCUCGGGAGAAAGAGCAUGCCCAAUCGCACCCUAAAUAUGCCGAAUUCCCCUCCUUAAGAGACUACCAUCGGAAGCUUGAGAAGAAGGAUAUCGAUGACCUAGGUAGAUUGGGGAAGGAGAUGAAGGAUGCGGACCAACAGUGGCAGACUUCGGCAGAAACUUUUGCUGCUACUCUGCUCCAAGCUUUCACCGAGCUGCAGCAGAAAGACAAAGAUCGCCGCCAGAUUGCUCCUAGCACUGUGGACGGACUCGAGACACGGCUCAAUUUACGCCUCGAGACGCUGGAGAAUCAACAUAAAGAAGCAGCUGCGAAGCAGCAGGAACAGAUGGAAGAACUUCGCACAGCCCUCUCGGUUGAGAGUGCCAAGCGCAAAGCUCUCGGUGUCGAGAAUGAGACGCUGAAAAAGAAGUUUCAAGAGUUGCAGGGUCAUUAUCAGUCUCUGACCUCCAAAGCCGAUGAUCAAGGCGCAUCCAUCAAGCGGCUGCAAGAGCCAAAGCCAGCUGUUGUGCCACCUCGAACACCACCAAAACAGAAUGGCAUAACAGCCGAGGAACUGAAGGAGGUCAAGACGCUUCUGGGCCAGCACGAAGGCGUAAUAGCCAUGCUAAAGAAUCAAGUUUGCGAGCACGACAACAAGCUCGGUGAGAUGGAUAUCGACCUCAUUAGCGACAGUUGUGGUGUUAUUGCGACAACGCUGCCAAGACUAGAACAAAAUGUCAAGAAGGCUGCCGACGACGUGACUACACUCCAGACCAACCACAGGAUGCUCGGAUUGGAUACAGAGGCCAUUCGAUCCAGUGUCAAGCAAUUACGGUCUGACAUGGAACGAGAUGUUCAACAACAACGUUCCGAUCUCGACAAGAUCCAGGCAGACACUCAGCAGCUCGAAUCCGAGACUGACUACGUCAAGAAAGAUGUUGAGAAAUUCGAAUCUGUCAUUGAACAAAUCAGGACAGGGGCUCAGCAACUAAGGACCGAAAUGACGCAGCUCCAGUCGAGCAUAGAGAAACUUGCUUCGGAAAUACCACGUCCACCCAAUGGCGAUAAGUUCUUGGCGGUCAGAACCUUCACAACCAUGAACGCCACCGUUUUCAAGACAUUCAGUAAUUGGAUCGAGGACGUAAAGAAGCGAAUCAACAUCGUAGAGCGCCAAAUGCCACCGCUUCGCACGACGGACGCGGUUGCUUGGGCUCAAGUAAAGACGCUCGAGAAAGGAUCAGACCAGAAGUCGAGUCGAAGUGCGGAGAACAGCCGGCUGUCGACUCCAACUAAUGACUUGAAGGACGACCAUUACGAAGGGAAGUUGAAGGACUAUGAUACACGGAUCAAGGUGCUUGAGGCUGUCUCGAGGCAGAGUCCACGUCGUGCGGAACAUGAUGCUUCAGAGCCAACCAAGACUGCAGAUGUACCAGCCAAGAGGCGUGCGUCCGAUGAAUCGGCUUCAAUCAAGCUAACCAUUGAAGCAUUGAAGGAGCAGUUGUCGAUGAUCGAUCAAAGCAUCAAAGCAAUAUCCGAGUCAGCCAAGUUAACAAGCGAAAGCCAGGCUGUGGACUCUCAACGAAUCCAGGCACUAGAAAGCCAGGCAUACGAAUCCCGGGCGGAUCACCGGCGCUUGGACGGUAUUGAGAAAAGAUUUGCGACUACGGAAGAAAAGGUGCAGGCUUCCGAGGCCAAGAUGGACUUUUUGCAACACAACAUCAUGAAUGUGGACGCGCAAAUCAACAACUUAACAACGGAGAGCCUCUACCAGGCCAUUCUGCACCACAUUGACAGAUACCACCCUACGGAAGCCGUAGUCGGACCCAAGGUGGAUCAGAUGGCUAGGCAGGUAAUAACAUAUGAGCAGAGACUGCACAUCUUGGAGAGACAGUUGAAGUUGGACGACGAGCCUGCGAAUAAGAAGCGCAGACUGAGCUCGGCAGCAAUGACAAAUGGCAGGCAUUGA